AUGAAACGCAUGCUUCUUAUCUCUGGUGAUCGAGCCAAUAUCACCAAGCUCGCCUUCGACCCAGAAAAAAAGGAGUUGAGUGUUGUCUCCAAUUAUUCAGCUCCCCCGAAUGUCUCCUGGAUUGAGCCAUCGCUCUCAAAUAGGGACGUUGAUCGUCUGAUAGGCAUAUCUGAGCGUUCGGAAUCCGGUCUCUUGUACACAUUUGAAAUCGACCACACGCAAGAGACUUGCAAAAUUACGAGUCAACAGCCAACUCUCGGAGCACCUGCUCAUUGUAUCUCCGGACUGGCACUCAGUACUAAAUUUCCCUACAAAUCAGCCGGUCACGGUCCAGAUGAAGGUCGACAGUGUCAAUGCCACCCACACCAGAUACUCGAGGAUAGGCGAGGUCUUCUCUACGUUCCAGACUUGGGGGCAGAUCGCGUGUGGAUUCUCUGCCGCGAUCAGAUGAAGCUGGAAGUAUCUGGCUGGCUUCAAUGCUCACCGGGAACGGGCACUCGGCACGCUGUGAUAACGCCCGAUGGAAAAACUAUGUAUGUUAUCGGGGAGCUCUCACACACUGUCGUUGCCUUCGAAUUGUCAGCCUCUCCCGCGGAAAACAUCCAGCCCAUUGAGGGCUUUUCGCCUAACGUUAUCCCUCUGAGUGUCCAUCCCGACCAUCAGUCCAUGAUGGACUCCUCGGAAAUUUGCCUGCAUCCCAAUAUUCCAACUGUCCUAUAUGUUACCAAUAGGUGGGAAAGGCAUAUUGCAGAGCGCGAACCGCAUCUUAAAAACGUCUCACAAGAGCUGCAGCCAGGAGAUGCUAUCGCUAUAAUAUUGCUCUCGAACGAUGGCAGGAAAGUGCAAGAAAUCAAAUUUAUACGGACUAACCUCGAUACUAUCCGCGGUAUGCGCGUUAGCGACGAUGAUUACUACGUUGUGGUGGUUGGACAAGAGGGGAGCGGGGUAGAAAUAUAUGAUAUUGGUGGGGAGAGAGGUGAUGUGUGGGUUCUAGUUGCCAGUCUAAAUGAGGGCUUGGAAAGCGGAAUCAAACAUGCAGUUUGGCUAUGA